ACGGAGCACUUAAAUACGCCUCCUCUCCCGGGUCAUCCUCCAGUCCUCCGGGAGAGACUGGCGAAGAGAGACUGUUUGGAAAGGAAUCGCGUGUUAUUGAUGAUAGAAAAAAUAAGAAACGAUUAAAACGGAUUAUGAACGCUUUUGGACAGCAGCCAUCCAACCCUCAGAGCAGCCCCAUUCAACACCACAGCGCGCAGGAACUCCUUGACAUGGCGGUCUACUGUGAUAACUUCGGCAGCAUGUACCAGCAAAACCUCCAUCACGGUCACCACCCGCAGAGGCCGCCCGCGCACUCUCCGACCUACGGACUCGCGGAGUACGCCUCCCCGACCUCCAACCCGUACUUGUGGCUCAAUGGCCCUAGCAUCAACUCGUCUCCAUAUCUGACCGGGUCGAAUGGAGCGUCGUACAUUCAGUCAGGAUAUGGAGCGAACCAACGGCAAUUCCUGCCACCUCCCACGGGGUUUGGCGGAGCAGAUCUCGGAUGGCUCUCUAUUUCCAGCCAGCAAGAAUUGUUUAAAAUGGUUAGACCUCCUUACUCCUACUCUGCUUUGAUAGCAAUGGCUAUCCAAAACGCUGGGGACAAGAGGCUGACGCUGAGUCAGAUUUAUCAGUAUGUGGCGGAGAACUUUCCAUUUUAUAAGAAAAGCAAGGCUGGUUGGCAGAACUCAAUUAGGCACAACUUGUCAUUGAACGACUGUUUCAAGAAAGUGGCCCGGGAUGAAGAUGACCCUGGAAAGGGAAAUUACUGGACGUUGGACCCAAACUGUGAGAAAAUGUUUGAUAACGGCAACUUCAGAAGAAAAAGAAAGAGGCGAGCAGACUUGAACGGAGGGGAACCCAACACCGUUAUACCUGUGAAGUCAGAGCAGGACUGCGGCGCCCUGAAGCUCUCCGACACGGCCAGCAUCAUGAGUUCAUCACCUCCCAGCCUCCAGAACUCACCUGGCUCCUCGGAGCCCAAGUCAUCCCCAUCCCCGUCGGUGGAACACAGCCCCUGUUUCAACAACUUCGUGUCCAACAUGAACGCGAUGCUUCCGGCCAAUGCAAACGGUUCCGUCCGGGGGGGCCGGGGGGACUUCGGUUCGGGUGGAGGACAUGUUAUGGGGGAUUUGUCACAUCAUCAGACCCGAGAAAACAUGUCUGGACUUGGUUCCUAUUCCCCGUCGCAGAUCACCCCACUGAACUCAGAUACCUCUCACCUCUCCACCUCGAGUCGGAUGAACUACUACACGUCUGCGCAGAACGGUCACAGCGGAGGUCUGGGCCUCGGCAACUCUCUUUCUAACCAGUUCAGUGUCAACCAUUUAAUAUACAGCCGGGAAGGAACCGAGGUGUAGCCCCAGACAUAUGUGUCAUCACUGUGAGACUUGUGUUGAUUAUUUAAUACGACUCGUCGUUGGCAUACCUGUGUGAAGUACUCAGUGAGUACAAGAAGUGCUAUGCAUUUGCUUUAUUGUUAUACGUGCCUUAAAACAAAGUAGGCUAUUCAGUGUAUAAAUAGGUUGCACUGGUUAUACCAAAAACAUAUCUGUACAAUAUUACCUACCCAAUUAGCAAUUCGGUAACCUGCGCCAGUUUAAAGCGGAAGUAGGUUGGAAGUAGAGCAUUUAAGACACUAACCGAGACCAACUUAUAUGUCCAACCUGUUAUUUGCCCUGGAAAUGUCUUGGCUUGAAAUGCAGUUUUUCAAGUUGACUACUGUUCGUUUCAUGCAUGGAUUGCUUCCUUUAGUCUGUAUGUUUUUAUAGAGAAGACACUACUUCUGCAUAAAUGUUUUGAUAAAUAGUAGCUCUGUUUGCAGAAUUCCGCAUGUAUGCAUUUUGUUUAUAGAAGGAAUUGUGUCUUUUAUUUAAAGGGAUAUUUUGGCGAUUCGGUUAUUUAGCUACUUUCCAGGAGUGAGAUUAAAUCGUGCAUACCAUUGGUAUGCUUAAUAUGUAUCUUUUUUUGCAGUUAGAAUACAUUUGCUUGUCUAAAGUGUGUGUGAUUGCUAAGUAUAGCAAUGAAUGAAAGCCUCUGGAUCUUAAAACUACCUCAGAUUUCCUUUA